CAGCAAUACCGCUGCAUUUUUGUUCCGAAAAUACGUACGAAGUGGUCGCUCCCAGUUGGCGAACUGAGACCCCAACAAUCUGCUACCCUACUUGGUAUUCUGAUCCUGGCAUCGUGGGGCGCUCUGGAAAGAUUCUUUCAAACCAGCCUCCUUGUCCGCCCCAGCAUGCUCGUGUUCGCACGUGAGCUCUUCGCCCGCUCGGCACCCACAUCAGCAUGGUUCGUCGAUCUCUCUUCACAGUGCGACCAAGCGUACAUCUCCACACUGACGGGCACUGCGCCAGUCCCUAUGCGUUCCUGCGUCUCCGGGGGACUUGUACCCCUGGAUGCCGGUCCAUCGAAACUCUCACCUAGCUCAAGCCCGGCCCCGGGCCUUAUUGCGACUGCUGUGUGGUCAUCUCGGCUGGACUGCCGGCUACCGUCUGACCAGGCAUGUGCCUCUACUCCGUACAUGGUAGGCUAG